GAUUAAAGAAAAAAUAAAACUAAACUAAAAAUGGAGGGUCCUGUCAGCAGAAAGGAAGAGAAUGCCGGGGUGUUUGCUUCCUCUUCUCUGAUCCUGAGCUUUCCUCCUGGGCCUGGCUGUGACCCAUCUGUCACACAGUUGGUGGAUGUCCCUCUGGGCAGAGAGAUAGGGAGGGGACAGCUGAUACCAGUUUUCUGUCAGAGCAGACUUGUUUGGGUUGGUCAAUUUCUUUUCCUCCUGGCCCAAAAGGCAAAUUUGGUGACUUCUUUUUUCUGCUCCGAUGAGGACACACAUUUGACAGUUCAUUUUUGUGACUCAUGAGAGUGCCACAGUUGCAGAGAAUACCUAGGGAAACCUGAGGUUACUGGUGUGCUAAAUAUAACGAGUUGGGCCUGUGAUGUUGGAGCCCACAAAGCCCUGUGUGUGGGGCUUGGUAUCUGGUUCAGACAGAAAUAGAUGCCUACCAAGGGCAGGAUGGCAUUAGCACUUGCAAAUUUAGUCUCUGUCCUGCUGCCUGACUAUCUGCUGAUUUUUUCUGUCUGUUCCUUAGGGAGCGCCAUCUAGCACUGCGAGGAAUUGGGAAAGAUGGAGACGCUGAAGGACAAGACCCUACAGGAGCUGGAGGCAAUGCAGAAUGAUCCAGAGGCAAUUUCCCGGCUGGCUUUGGAAUCUCCUGAGGUCCAGGACCUGCAACUGGAACGGGAGAUGGCUCUGGCCACCAACCGGAGCCUGGCUGAGCAGAACCUGGAGUUCCAGGGUCCCCUGGAGAUAAGCCGCUCUAACCUCUCCGACAAGUACCAGGAGCUGCGGAAGCUUGUAGAGCGGUGCCAGGAGCAGAAAGCCAAGCUGGGUAAGGAUGGCCAACCCUAGACGCUCACUCCAGGUGACUCUCUGCCGACAUGGGACUCUGUUCACAGUGGGA